GCCAACCACAAGCGGCCGGUGACGUCACGGUUCCGCCUGACCUGCUCGAUCAUGUGAUCUGAAGGAAAGAUGGCGGUGCCCUGGGCAAGUCAGGCAGCACUGUAACUAAGGAAAAACUGGACGUGCACUGAUCGUAUUGGCUCUCCUGCACAAAAGCAAGAAUCACUGCGCUGCCUGUGUACAAGAGGAUCCAAGUGAAGCGACUGAGCUACUGAUCAUGUGUGAACACCAGCGCUUGACACGUUAGGAGAUUUUCAGUGGGAAAAUGGAACUAAGUGUCCUUUUGGAUCCUUCUAUUAAUUUAAAAGACUGGACGGAGCUGCCACUAAAGGUGUCUUUAACCAGGCUCAGAAACCUCACUUUAUGUAGCCUCCUGCCAGAAGGACGCCUUUCUCUCACAGUCUUCACCUCUGGAACAGCGCAUGGCAACCGUACACAACUGGAUGGACUGUUUACUCAAUUUCAGUGGGAAGAUGAGAACCAUAGCGAGACCAUGCUGCACCAAAACCCACGUCUCUUGACACUGGGACAGAACAAUGAUUUAUGUGCCUGGGAAGUCUGUACGGAGGAUGGGCAGGUGGUAUUGACUACUCUCUGUCGCUGUGAUGAAGACAGAUUGAGGCAACUCUGUGCAGAGAAUCAUGUUUGUGUUCCUUCCUUGUCCUCAGUUCGCCUCCUGUCUCUUCAUGGUGAUGACAUUUCUAUUUUGCUCAGCGGUAGCAUCUUUGUACAUCUCUGUUACUCUAAGAAGGACCAGAACCCAAGCCUUGUGUCUUGUUUUUGUGUGGACCUGGACCCAGAGACCGUGGAGCACAUCUCAGAUGCAUGUUUCAGACAUGACAUUCUUUUUCUACUGGACAAUUCAGGGUUCAUUUAUGUUUUUGACACCCUUGAUGGGUCCCUAGUGGCUGACAUUGAACUUCCCUCAAUGAUUGACAUUGAAACAUCAGAACCACUGAAAAGUAUUUGUGUGUCUCCAAAUCUAGAACUAAUUGUUGUCUCCUCCAGCAGUUCUUGUUUUGUUCCCUUGAGGAUAAGUGAAAAUUUAAGGGGGAAUAUGCUACUGGCAUUGCAGACAUGGCGCAAUGGGCGGCACUCAGGGAUGUCUCUGUGGAAUGAAACUCAGACCGACAGGUCUUGGGAUGCUACAUUAUUAUCACUUCUCUGCAAGACUAAGAGCUGCUCAGACUUUCCUGUGUGUCACCCGGCUGCUGGUCUACCACCAAGGAACAUGUCUUCUGGAGCACAUUUCACCUGGACAGUAGUUGGGGAAGGUUGGGUGAAAACCCUCACAGAUGAGAUAGAGGAUCCUUUAAGUCUUCACAUCUGGUCUGUGUCACCAUAUAGUGCUUUAUUCUAUGUUCUACAAAAAGAUGGGUGUGCCACCCUGGUACACUGGAACAUGGACACACAGGGUGUUACUUACUAUGCUCUGGGAAAAGCUUUGUGUGUUUAUUCUCCAGAUGAUGAAGCUUCUUUGGUGAUCACAGAUCAUGGCCUCUCUCUUAUCCUUUUUUCGGUGACACAAAAUGAAUUUCUGACCCGGUUAAUGAUUCAUGGUAGUGCCAGUACUGCAGAUACACUGUGCCACCUAAAUAAUUGGGAUCGCUGUUCUGUACCUAUCCAUACAUUGGAGGCUGGGUUGGACAACAGGCAAUUGGAUACAGUUGAUUUUUUCCUGAAGAGUAAAGAAAGUCUCCUGAGCUCUUUAAGCUCUGAAGAUGGUGGUGUUCAGUCUAACCUCUACCUCUGCAAUGUGCAGGACCUUGUGCCGGCCCUGGAGAUGCUCUACUCUUACAUCCACGGCACAGAUCAGGAGACUCAAAGUAAACACUUCUCAGAACAACUGUUGCAGCUGACACUCAUCUUCCUCAAUGCUCAGCUGGUGACUCUCUGCAACUUGCUGUCUGAUCCAGACCCUGCUCUAGAACAAUGUGUGGGAAUUCUGACUGGUUACAUUACAAAGCUUCGACCGUUUAUGAAGAGGUUUCACCAGCAGCCGCUUCCUGUGAAGGCCCCACCUGCUGAGAGAAGACAUGGAGCAUGGGAGAAUAUGUCUGUAGAGAAUAUCAUUUCUGAUGCCAUUAUGAAAAAUUGCAUCCCUGAAGCCCAAACCUUCCUCCGAGGGCAGGGCCAUCACCCUUACAACUUGACCUGGUUAAGAAGAGAAGGCCUGAAACUUGUUUAUAGAUGUCUACUAGAGACACGUGUGUCAGAGGCCUGCCAGCUCCUCCAGAACAUGGGAUUUUCCAUAUGGAAUGAACUUCAUCGUAUAUGUCUGCACACUUCAGACCCAGGAAUACGGACACUAUUGGUUAAUCUGCUGCAGAAAGAAGGUCUCUUUUCAGCACAGCAACAACAAGCGAUCCAGACAGUGUACAAACUUGAGGAACUAAGUAGUACUAUGCGCCAGACCACUAGAGAGAGGAAAAAUGUGGUUAAAUCUAGGCUUUUAUGGAGAAUCUGUGCCACAUCUCUGGAGGUAAAGAGACUGCAGGAAGCACUGACUGAUGUAAGAGAUGAGCCAGAGAUUUUGCUUCUUCACUGGGCUAAGGACUGGGACUCUGAGACACAAGAGUCACUUUUGCUGCCUUGGAAGAGAGACAUGGAUAUGUCUGAUGUCACACCCAAAAUCCUUUGGCGCCAUUUAACUCUGUGGCAUGAUUGGACACGGAUUGCGCCUUGGAUUGGAAGUUCUGGACAGUGCCAGGCAAUGGGAGACAGUGAGCACCCCCUCUGGCCUCUCAUUAGCCCAGGAGUCAUUGAUGAAGAUACAUUAUGUUGCAGCUACACAAAGGAGAAAAUAUUGGAUACGUUAUCAAGGAGGAACAUUUUUACACCCUCUGAAAUAAAUAAUUUUGAGCGUCUAGUGGAAUGUUUAUCGAUUAGUGGGAGAUUGAUGGAACCAGCAGACACUUCUCCAGAACUUACAGAUGUUCAUGGCCGCUUUGUAGUCUUAUGUGUUGAGCGUGGGCUCCAGUACCUGUUAUACAGUUAUCUGGAUUGUCACAGACUAAAUCCAGAAACAUGUUCUGCUUUGGCCAGCACAACCUUACAUGAGGCUUACCCAUGGUUUGGGUUCUUGGUGCGUAUUCGACAAGUUAGUGAUAAUAAAGAUGCUGAUCGGAUGUUCCAGGUCAGUCUCGCCAACGCUCACAUGCUGAUGCCUGGUUGCCAGCCUAGUGUGAACAAUAUGCUUCUGGAUGGGCAUACUCUGCUUGCUCUUGCGACAAUCAUGUUUGCUCCUGGAGGAAUUGAUGGGAUAUUGAAGCAGUGUGAAGAGCCAAGCCUUUGCCAGUGGAAUGUGGACCUCCCAUUAUUAAAGAUGGCAUUGACCCCCUACCCCAAGCUUAGAGCAGCUCUCUUCUCCCAGCACCCAUCUAACUGUGGAUCACCUCCUGACAUUAAUCUUUAUCAUCUUCUGCAGGAAUUGGCACCCUUCCACCCUGCACACUUCUUCACAUGGCAGCCAACAAAUUCUCUGGCAGCAAGUGAUACCAAUUCUGCUCUUCCUCACUUCUCCUGCCCAAAGCUGGUCAAAAAACUAUCAGUAGUGGAGCAGCUGGAUACAUUCUUCUAUUUACGCAGCGGUCGUCCAGCUGUCGCCUUUUCCACUUUCCUUGUGCAUUAUCUCCUGAAAAGCAAGGUUCCCAAGCAGCUAAUUCACCAGGUUGCCGAGGAUGUAUAUUCACUAGCCUUGUCAUGCUUUCAUGUUCCCAUUGUCAUCUCUUCCUGUGUUUGCUUUCUUGAGCUACUCGGUCUUAGUAGUUACAAACUUCGCGUGGAUGUAAACGUGGCCAAUGUGAUCUUACGACACAGCUCAUCUCUCCAGGAAGAGGCAGGACACAAGUCCCACGUACAGACAUUAGCCCAGAGAUUGUCAAGACUAGUGGAAAAUGAAGUAGAGGCUGCAAAAGAUCUGUUACUUAGCUUGGAGGAGGUGGUGGAUGCAAGUUUGCCGCAGGAAGAAAGUUUUUCCUGCAGUCCACUCCCUCCUCAUGGUCUGCGGCUCACAUUGUUGCAGUUCUGCCUCCUCCAUAGUGUUCCUAUGAGCACCAGCUAUUUGAAGUACUACGCACAAAGACAGGACUGGCUGCAGCUGCUGGUGCAUACCAACAGCCCGGAACAGGUCUCUUAUGUCUUAGAUGACCUGAAUCCAGUUUUGUGUAGUCAUAUCUCCCUAGCAUUACAAGACAAAGUAUCCAAUGAUUGUUCCUCACAAGGAAUUGGUAGUGACACAAAUUCAGACAGUAUCCACCAUGUAUUGCUAAAAUGCCUUAGUAUGGGAGAACCAGGACAGAUGCUUCUAAUGGAGUGUAUGCGAUGGAAAGUGCCACUAUUCAGCAUACUGGCUGCCUCUACCCAGGACACAGACAUCAUCUCCUGUCUAUGUGCCUGGAUUGUGACUUCUGUGGAUGCUGCUACAUAUACAGAGAUCACACACAAAGUGUCUGAUUCUAUUGAUCAUAAGUGGAGCCUGGAAGAUCUUGUGCAGAUUUGGGAUAUUCUUCUUACAAGGACGAACAGCAGCGCCCUGCUUAAUGCAUUCAGUAUAUUUAUGGAGGACUCCCCGUUGCUGAUCUUGCUUGAAAUGUAUGAGCUUUGUUUGCAUUACAAGAAUUACUCACAGGCCCAGCAUAAAGUAGUGGAAUUCCAGAGCAUCUUGACAAAUCUCCAGUCUGUGGAUUGCUCCUCCACUGCUCCUAUCCCUGUCUUGUGGAUGCAGGCCCAGGCUUCUCAUCUCCUGCAGCUGCUGCUUCUCCAGAGCCGGACUCCUUAUGAGUUGCAGAAGGUUUUGCAGCUUCUUUGUGACAGUGGCUGCCAGAAUUUGUGUGGAGGUUUGGAUCUGCACAAACUUAGUACUCUCUGUCAGAUCCUAGAAGGUCAUCCUGUUGUCAUUAGCAGGCAGCUUUUAAAGGACUGUAGUCCUGCAGCAUUACAAGUAGAAUGCCAGAGACUACUGCAGACUCUGCUAGAAGGCCGUCACUUUGCCUUGGCUCAUAAGGUUGCUGAAUUAGCAGAAUUGCCCACCGACAACCUGGUUAUAAAGGAGGUUCUGCAGGAACAAAGCCUUCUACAAGAGAUUGGGCAAUGGGAUUGCCCACAGAGCCGAGCACAGUAUUGGAGGAAGUGUCAUGUCACCUUUUGCACCAACCAGCUCUCCCCUCCUGUUGCAUCUAAUUUCUUUCAGUCUCAGGCUUCCCAGCACACUGCAAGUAGUACCCUAAUAGUAGAGCAGAUGGAGGCCCUGUCAGAACAAGAGCUAUUGUUCACUCUUGCAGGGCACUGGCUUUCUCUUGACAAAUGUUCUUCCCUGAGGACAUUAGAAGAACUAGAACAGCAGAUCUGGAAGUAUCGCAUUGAGCGGGAAAUAUUAAAUACAACUGGUGGAUCAAGGCUAUUAUCCUCUCUGUCUGCUUUUACUGGUUUUGCCUCAGAGUUUUCAUUUUCUGGUCUGCCCGCACUCAACUCUCCUCAGCUUCUACACGUCUCCAGUCUCCCUCCACUGCAUAGUGUAAAUCCACCUACAAGGGAAAGUGUAAACUCCCGUAUACUGUGUGGUCUUAUAGACAGACUACUAGAUGACAGUAAGGUACAUGAAGCCAGCCGUGUAUGUAGGUACUUCCAGCUCUCUCACCGUGAUGUAUGGCUUGUGUUGAGCUGCCGGGCUCUGGCAUCUGGGGAACUGACAAUACAACAACUGCAUCCUGAUAUCCAGAAUGUCAUUACUGAGGGUAUGGAUGCACAGGAAAAGACAUGGAACCGUCAGAAGAGAUUACAAAGCUCAUCCAGUGUGGAUUCCACAUGUUCUCAGACCCCCACUAACCCUGUUGUCACAUAUCUGGAGGUCCUCAAAGAUGCUUGUACUCAUGGAAAGACGUUUUGCAGACAGCUGCUUUGUAUGUAUGAGCUUAGUCAGGAUCUUGGCUGUCCCUUCUCAGAAGUAUCAUCCCGAGAUCCAAGUGAUGUCCUGCGUACCUUGCUGUCCAGCCAUCGCCCUAAGCUGUGUGACAGGGCACAGGCAGUUAUCACUUCACAUGGCCUUUCCCCUGAAACUGUCGCACAGAUUGUAGCUGAAGGUAGCCUGAAGAUAUGGAAGACAUUAAACAAGGAAGGAGGCCAGUCUGAGGUUUAUAAUGUUACUGAGAAAAGAUCCAACUUUCUUCAACUUGCAAAGCUGUGUCCUGAUCCAACUCUGGUGGGGUUAUAUUUACUGGAUCAUCUGGAGACUGUUCCUCUGGCCGAGCUGCAUUGCAUAAUUGAGAUCCUCAUCUCGGCACACGAUUGUUUCAGUCUGACAUGCCACCUAGAAGGGAUACGGCGCGUUCUUCAAGCAUGUCGCCACCUGACUGAGAUGCAUUUGGCUCCCAACCAGGAAUAUAGCCUCAUGGUUAGACUCCUGUCAGGUAUUGGUCGAUAUAAUGACAUGGUUUAUGUCUUUGAUAUCUUACAUAAAAACCAACACUUUGAGGUUCUGCUGAGGAAACAUCUUGAUACAAAAGGUGGAUUGCAGACUGCACUCUUGGAAUAUAUUAAGCGCUGUCACCCAGGUGACAGCGAGAAGCACAACAUGACUGCACUCUGUUUCAGUCUACAUCGGGAUAUUGGCCACAACCAUGAGCAUGCAGCAAAGAUCCAGCUCCGAUUAAUCCAGUCCAGGCCCUGGGAAUAUUGGAUGUCUGACCUGGGGGAGCUGAGAUCCUCUAUUAUGAAGGCCCUCACUCUUCUUAUAGAUGCUGCUGAGAGUUACUCUAAGGAUUCAUGUGUUCGCCAGUCACUACGAUGUGCCCGUCUCACCCGUCUUCUGACCCUACAACUUCAUCUGUUGAAUAAUGGCCACCAAACAAAGCUUAUAAACUUGGAAAGAGAGAACUUAAGUGAGCCCAUAUUAGCCCUUCCAAGAUUUUAUCAGGCUGUUAUAGUUACUGAAGCAUAUGAUCUGCAGCCAGACUGGCCAGACAUCCUGUAUAGCAAAGUGAUUGUUGGAGGAGAUUUUCAGUACCUAGAGGAGUUCAAGCAGCGCCAGCUUCUUAGCAGUGGAGUGUUCGAGCAGUUGUCUAACAAAUGUAAACUAAACUCGCCUGGAGCCACAGGACUACAGAACCUUAAGAGAGUGAUCAGUUAUUGCGAGGACAUUAACACACGGUAUAAACUGGCUAUCGAGAACAAGUUCUAUGACAUCACAGAUGUCCUGAUGAGAGACUCGCAGACGCGGUGCUGCCUGACAGAUAUGCUCUCUCGAUAAGAGACCCGAACAGAAUGCUGCACCCGACAAUUGUGCUGAAUAAGCAGCAUUUUUCUAUGUCUGUUACUUUCUACCAGACUCGGGAGCUACAGCUGCUCCAAGUGUCUGUAUAAGGAACAAUUACGUGUAGUAUUUUCUGGAGGCUUAAAAGGUUUUGUAUUAGACUAUAUUAUAGAAUCAUCUGCACUCUCAUUAGACUGCAGCACUGUAUGUCACUUUAGGCCAAUUUCACACACGCUAAAUACGGGUGUACUUCUGUUCCGGCAUUACACUUGCAUAUUGACUGCUGAUCUGAUCACCAGAACUAACAGCAUCAUAGGCCCUUGUAAUGCUGUUAGUGUAAUGAGAACCACGGUCGGGCCAGGAUUUGCGAUUGUACCUUGUUCACAGAAAUACGCCUGUAUUACUCCCACGUGAAUUUGGCCUUAUGCUGAUUUUGCACUAAGGGCUGGAUUACAGGAACAGAUUCAUCUGUGUCAUCCCCUCUAUAAUUUAUUGCCAAAGUGGAACAAAAUUUCAAUAGACAGAUACCUAAUGUGGAAUAAGCCCUUACGACCCUUUCUGGUCGACUAUGUAAACUAUUCUAGAACCAAAACUAUAUUCUGACUUUAAGUGCAAUUUGUACUAUAGACCAUCGUGUGGGUUGUGUGUCAGUCAGCUGCUGCUGCAGCCAAUACUUGCUUCUGUAAAUAAGGUCUGGGCUGAGCUUCAUAUCUCAGCUCAAUAAAAUGUCAUAUUUGUUCUA